AUGCCUGUCACCAACUUUGUAACCCCAGAGAAGUACACGUACCUCAACGGCUUUAGGUCGUUUCACGAAUCUGAAGCCAUCAAGGGUGCGUUGCCGAUCGGCGCCAACUCUCCCCAGAAGCCGCCUUAUGGCUUGUACGCUGAGAAGCUCUCUGGGACGGCCUUUACGGCUCCCCGCCAUGAGAAUCAACAGUCAUGGCUGUACAGAAUUCUUCCUUCAGCCGCGCACUCGUCUUUUGAGCGCUUUGACAAAGUCACUGAGCCAUUGAUCAACGGUAAACUGGACUUUGUGCCAAACCAGCUACGAUGGGAUCCCUUUGAGAUUGACGACCAGGUCGACUGGGUUCGAGGCUUGAAGCUCGUCUCUGGUGCUGGGGAUCCUACUAUCAAGGUCGGUCUGGGUAUCUAUAUCUUUGCUGCUGGACGUGACAUGGACGCCAACACGGCCAUGUACUCGUCUGACGGAGAGAUGCUCGUGGUAGCCCAGCAUGGAGUAUUAGAUAUCCAAACUGAGCUGGGUCGGCUGCUUGUUCGUCCAAACGAGAUUGCUAUCCUUCCUCGUGGUAUCAAGUACCGCGUGACGUUGCCAGCAGGCCCUGUAAGAGGGUAUAUCCUUGAGUUGUAUCAAGGACAUUUUACCCUGCCAGAGCUGGGCCCAAUUGGGUCGAACUGUCUGGCGAACCCCAGAGACUUUCAGAUCCCCACGGCGUCAUUUGAUGAAGAUACAAACACGACUUGGACCAUCAUCAACAAGUACAACAGCCAACUAUAUGUGGCUAAACAGGGCCAUACCCCGUUUGACGUGGUGGCGUGGCAUGGAAAUUUUUACCCGUACAAGUAUGAUCUUGGUCGCUUCUCUGUCAUCGGAAGCAUUUCCUUUGACCACCCUGAUCCGUCCAUCUACACCGUCUUGACCGGUCCAUCCGACCAUCCCGGCACCGCCGUAGCAGACUUUGUCAUCUUUCCGCCUCGCUGGCUAGUCCAAGAAGAUACAUUCAGACCCCCAUGGUAUCACCGCAACACCAUGUCCGAGUUCAUGGGCCUCAUCUGCGGUGAAUACGAUGCCAAGACAGGCGGAGGCUUCCAACCAGCUGGAGCCAGUCUUCACAACGUCAUGUCUGCCCAUGGACCUGAUGCCGACAGCUUUGAAAGGGCGAGCAAUGCCGAGCUGAAGCCACAGAAGAUUGGGGAGGGCAGCAUGGCGUUCAUGUUUGAGAGUAGCCUGAUGUUGGGUCUUACGGAGUGGGGACUGAGGACAUGUCAGAAGGUUCAGGCCGAGUAUAGUGAGCAUAGUUGGUCAGGGCUGAAGCCGCAUUUUAAGAGGCCGUCUUGA